UUAUUAAACAUGGUCACCUCGCUCGGCACGAGCUUUUCGACUUUUUGAUCUUUAGUGUCCUGGACAAAGAUCCUAUCAUUUCUUGAAUCGAUAUAUCUUUACCGUCUCAUAUCGCCGAUAUCUUUUAUAUCAUCAUGUCAAGGCUUUCUCUCAUCGAGGAAUUGCCGAACGAGCUCCUCCUCUCCAUCUUCGAACGUCUCCCGACGCUCUCCCUGGUCGGCCUGACUCUCGUCUCGCACCGCAUUCACGCGGUAGCGACCGAAGCCCUCAAGCUCCGACUCCUAGCCACCGCUCAUCUCGGUCGCCACGAGAUACUCCUAGAAUGCUACCACCCGGUCGCCAAGGUCACGACUCCGUCGCUCGCCUGCCAUGCCCGCUCCAUCCGACCCCUGGGCUCGUCGCCGCCUCCGUCCCCAUCUCAGUCCCCAUUGGGAUCGUCGCUUCGGCCCCUCGAAUCGGCGGACUGGGGCCUCGCGGACCUCGGCAGCCUCUACUCACACUUCCAACUCGAAGUGACCGAUACCCAUGGCGCCAGCGGGGCAGCUGACGCCGACGCCGACGCCGACGCCGACGCCGGCCGGAGGGCACCCAAGCCCACACAUCGCGUGUUCAUGGACGACGCGGACUGGUUCUCCCAGCUCUGCGCGUCCACGAGCAUCGUCCGGCAGGGGCCGCGUCCGGGUAUCUUCCUGAGCCACCAGGCCAUCGGCGAAGGCGUGGUGCGGGUGUGGCGCGAUUGGGCGGCCGAGGCGGCGGAGAGGAGCGCGUCCGGGACAACGGGCGGUGCUGCGGCGGAGGGCCUGGACGUCUUGUGGGCUGACGUGCACCAAACCGUGGGUUUGCGGUUUACGGUGCAGAAGACGGACACGGAGACUGCACUGGAGGAGUGGGGGCAUAUUCUCGUUUCGACGGAGAACCCGCCUGUCGAGUAUAUUCUUCAUUAUGAAGAGUUGCUGGUCCGCACGACCAAAAUCCUCCUUGCCAUGGACAAGCUAGCCGUGCAAGAAGUCGCCAAUUCAGGUAAAGCUAUUGUCAUCGCCUCUUAUCAGGUUUGAGAGGGUGGAAAGAGGGAAAGGGGAAUGGAAACAUUGUUCCUCGGCUCGAUGAUUCCGAGUUGCGAAACGUCAACCCCCAAUAGCAAACAUGAACACACUACGGGAUACAUGACCUGUGGCGAACGUCAGUCAUGCCGUAUACAACUCGAUGGCACCUAGGGAAUCGCAUUGCCGUCUACAGCUACCGACAACGAGGAAGAAAACGAGGAGCAUGGAGCGCCGAUUAUUAUCGCCCUGUUUUCACGCCAUUGACCAACCCGGUUCUAAUAUCGUCCAGAUACAGAUUUCUACGUGCGCCUCGACGGAG